AAGCAUUGCUGUAUAAGUAAAGAUGGUUUCAAUUGAAGAAAGCUGGAAAUUGGCCACAGAAGGGCUGAACGCUGAUGUCUGUGACUCCUGGUUAAUAAAAGUACAGGAUGCAUAUUCCGAAGAUAAACGCACAUACCAUAAUCUAGAUUAUCUCCAAGAAAAAUUACUUCAUUACUAUGACAUAAAGGAUAAUCUAACUAAUCCAAGAGCUGUGUUGAUAGCGCUGCUCUUUCAAAAUUUUGAGUAUGACCCAAAGGCACUAGACUGCGAUGACAAAAAUAUGCAGCACUUCAACACCUUUGCAGACGAAGCAGAAAUACCUAUGGACGACAAAUUACGCAAAGAAGUCUGUGCCUUGUUGAAAGCUGCUGCUACUCAUAGCACAGAUGCCCACAAGGUUGGGGGGGCCUUCGGAGGAGAAGAUGCGCAUUAUCUUCUUGACUUGGACAUGGCUGUGUUAGGCGCAGAGCUUGACAAAUAUACAGAAUAUACCGAGCGUGUUCGAGGCGAAUAUUCUUUUCUUAGUCCACCUAUGUAUACAGCAUUGAGACUCAAGGUAUUACAGAAUUUCUUACAAAUACCAAACAUAUUUGCUACCAAAGAGUUUCGGGAAAAGUUUGAAGAACAAGCGAGGCUUAACAUCCAAGCUGAAGUGCUCUGUUAUCUUAAGACGUAAAGUUAUGAUGUGUAGUUCACACAGAAUUUCUUUGUUUACAUUCUUUUGAGUAUUCACUGUUGUUAAUCGCUGUGGCUAGAAUUAUCAUCUAGGAGUUAAUUACUGCUAUGUGAAAGCUGUUAUGAACAUUAUGAAUGUUUAUAUUGGCCGGAUUGAUCAACGAUUUGUUCAAAUCGGCUUGAUCGGGUGCUGGAAAAUUGUUCAACCUCGUAUAAUCCCAUAUUUACAUUUGUACUCGAUAGUAGCGCUAUGAACACAAAAAAAAUCUAUUUAACAGAAUGACAAACAUCAUCGUCAAUCGCCUCGGUAUCUAUGGCUCUCAUCCAUUAUUCAUUACUUGAAAAGGAAUUGUUCUAUACUGCCACUGGAAUUUUCGCUCUUAGUGUGACUCAUUUUUUGAGCGGAAUUAAUUGCUUAUGUAAUUGCGUAAGAUAAAAAAAAAUCAAACUAGAGAAAUUUAGAAAAUGUCAAAAGGUGUAUCAUGGUUCAUGAUGACGUUAAAAAUAUUAACUGAUAAUUUGUGACUGAAUAAAAAUGUGUUGUAUUA